AUGGAGCCCCGGAAGCCGGAGCCCGAGCUUCAGCGGUUUUAUCACCAGUUGCUGCAGCCGCUGUCGCUCCUUCCCCGCAGGGCGACGCCCCGAGAAUCUCAGAAGCGCCGCCCACAGGAGGUCCAGCUACUACAAGCCCUGCCGCGCACCAAGCUGACGGCGGAGUCUUUGUGCCGCCAGGUAGCUGAGCGGCUGGCCUGCAGCGCGUUGUCGGCGCGGGUGUCUUCCGAAGGCCGCCGCCGUCUCACGGAAGUUAUCCUGGACGAGCUGAGGUGCAGCUGGCAGGAGCCGCCCGCUGAGCCCAGUCUGAGCCCCCAGAAUAACCAGAAAUUGCGGGAGCGACUGGAGGCCCACGUGCUGCUGACCAGUGAGCAGCUAUUCCUACGCUACCUGCACCUGCUGAUGACCCUGACAGCCCCCGCGUCUGUCUUCACCGAGCCAGCCACCCUCACCCGUUUGGCCACUAGCCUCACCAGGGACUGCACGCUCUUUCUCACCAGCCCUGAAGUCUACCGUUGCCUGCUCGCCGACUUUCAGGCCCUGCUGAGGGUAGAUCGAGACCGUGGCGGUGUGAAGGAGCUGAGCUGCCUCAGCCCCAUGCAGCCUCUCAAGCUCUGCCCUAUCCCCUGGCCUCACAGCACCGGCUUCGCCCACGUGCUAUGCUCCACCCUCAACCUGAACUACCUCAUCCACCUCAGCCGCCCUUCAGAGUUUCUCCGCGAGCCAGGAGUGGAUCCUCUGAGGGAAUUGAAGGCUAUCCCCGAACUGAAGACGAGAAAGCCUCUUUUCUGCUUGCCUUCUGUGCCAACGAAGAAAGACAUGGAUUUAACUUCCUCACACGUUGAGCCACUGCCCAGCCAGGUGGUGGCUCCCACCAGCGGGGCUGCCCCCACCACCCAGGUCCCCCAGCUCAGGAGCUGCCAGUCCAUGCCCUCUCUUCGUGAGGGCUGGAAACUGGCAGAUGAGUUGGGCUUUCCCCCACUGCCCCCUCGCACCUUAACUCCAUUGGUCCUGGUUGCAGAGAGCAAGCCAGAGCUGGUAGGAGUCACUGUGGCUGAGGAUCUGAAAAAGAUGAUGAAGAAACUGAAAUUGGAGUGGCCCCACUACCUACAGCUGGACUCAAACCUGGCCCCACUCCUGGGGGCCCUGACCCGCCGCCCAGCAGCAGAGCAUCGUCUGAGGGAGCUGCAGAGGAUGUUGAAGGUGCUGGAGGAGGAAGAAGCCUUGGAUCAGCCGGCCCGCCAUUUCCCUGAAGCCUCUACGCUCCACUCGCAGCCAGUAACCGUAACUCUGAAGCUAAGAAAUCAACUCGUGUUUGAGGCAGCUGCUGUACGAGUCUCUGACCGAAGCUUUGUAGACUCCUUUCAUGUCGAGGGGGCUGGGGUCCUAUACAACCACCUGGCUGGUGAACUGGACCCCAAACUUGUGGAAGAGAUGGAUGGUGACUGCUCUGUUGGCAGUAGCACCCGAGAGGUCUACAAGGAGUUGAUGAGCCGUGUCUCUACUAAGCACUUCCAUUUUGACCAGGGGCCCCUGGUUGAGCCUGCAGCAAAUAAAGAUUGGUCAGCCUUCCUGUCCUCUGCCUUCCUCCAUCAAGAAAAACAGUAUCGCAUCAUCAACCCUGAGCUGGCAAAUCUUUACACCCAGGGAGCCAACACUGACAAGGUGUCCUCCCUCACGUCACUCCAUGCAAACAAAAGCUGGGACCUGCGGUCCAACAAGGCCUCGUGGAUGCACUGGUGGAAAACCAGCCCGUCCAAGGAGGACUACUUCAAGUACCUCACCACCCAGGAGACAGAUUUUCUCCAUGUCAUCUUCCAUAUGUAUGAGGAGGAGGUUCCUGUGGAGUUGGUGGUCUCUGUCAAGGAGUCCCUGGAGCUUCAGCGCCCUCCGCCCUUACUAGACGAAGAAGAGCCCUGGGACUUUGUGCCAGGCGAGUGGGACUGCAGCACGGUGCUGCAGCAUGGGCUGGGAGCUACCAUGCCUGACUUCCUGAGUGAGUGCCACAAACUCCCAAACCUGCAGAAGCGUCUGGAACAGCUGUGGUCUGUGCUUGAAGUUCCCCACAGAGACCGGCUGGACAUGGCCAUCAAGUACAGUUCCAGCGCCCGUCUGAGGCAGCUGCCUGCGCUCGUGAGUGCCUGGGAGCGUGCCCUGCAGCCCAUUCAGCUGCGAGAGGUACUGUUGGGGAGAAUGGAGUGGUUUGAGCAGCGAGCCUCCAACCCCAACCGCUUCUUCCAGAAGCCUGACGUGGGCCUGAGUUGCCUACUGGAGGAGAAUCAGAUCCGUAGUCUCCUGCAGAGGAAACUCAAGCAAGUGGAGGGCUCCUUGCUUUCCCUCCUGGAAGAAAUUGAGUUAAUCUUUGAUGAGCCAGUGACCUUCAAGGGGCGGCGCUACCUGGACAAGAUGAAGCACGACAAAGUGGAGAUGCUCUACUGGCUACAGCAGCGGAGGCGGGUCCGCCACUUGAUACAGGCCCAGAGAGCCUCCCAUUCCCAGACAUCCCAGUCUGGGAGGUUCAGCAGCCAGCAUUUAAGAGCUCCUGAGAACACUCCCAAUACCCUUUGA